AUGCGCCGCGUGGACAUUCAGCGAGCACUUUUCGCCGAAGAUAAGACGUUGACCUUCCAGAAAGCGGUUGACCGGGCCGUGGCUUUGGAGACAGCGAUAAAGAGCACAUCCGAGGUGCACGGGUCUGGUGGCAACAGCGACCAAGUGGAAAGCGCCAGCGUCCACAAGUUGAAAGGUGACAAGGAAGAUACUAAGAAGCGAGGGGUGGCUUGUUACCGUUGCGGGUCAAGCAAGCAUCUCGCGCGCACGUGCAUACACAGCGAGGCGACCUGUUACAAAUGCCAGAAAGUGGGGCAUAUUCAGCGCGCAUGCCGCUCAUUUCAGGAGAGGAAGCCGCAAGGAAGGAAGAAGUCGCUGAAAACUUUAACGGUGACUAAGGACGCCCAUGUCAACCGCAUUACAGCUCCAAAAGACCAGCCAUUGACGGUAGAAGUGCUGGUUGAGAAUUCGCCGGUGACAAUGGAAAUCGAUACCGGAGCGGCGGUAUCAGUCAUCUCAAAGCAGCAGUACCGUGAGAGGUUUGCGGCAUUGAACUUGAAGCCGACGGCGCUGCGGUUGAAGACGUACACCGGGGAAACUGUCAAGCCCUGUGGAGUUCUGGAAGUUAAAGUUUCGCAUCAAGAGGAAACAAGAGUCCUGCCAUUGUAUGUCCUGAACCAGUCAGGGCCACCACUUCUUGGCCGGGAGUGGCUACAGAGGCUGCGGUUGAACUGGAAGCAAGUGACGGGCUUCAACAAUCUUCAGAGGAGCACACAAGGGGCAAGUCCGAUGCCAGUGGACAAGUUGCAAGUAUUACUAGACAGGUAUCAGGCCAUCUUCAAGGACGAACUGGGGAAGAUCUCUGGAGAGGAGGCGAGGCUGUUCCUUAAAGAAGGAAGUCAUCACAAGUUUUUGAAGGCCAGGAGUGUACCCUUUGCAUUGGUUCCAGCUGUAGAAAAGGAACUGUCGAACCUAGAAGCACUUGGUGUCAUCACACCGACAACCAGUAGCGAGUUUGCGACACCAUUAGUGCCUGUUCCCAAGAAGGAUGGCACCAUACGAUUGUGCUGCGAUUACAAGAUGACAUUGAAUCCGAUGUUGGAUGUUGAGCGUUAUCCCUUGCCGAGAGUAGAUGAGCUCUUCUCAGUGCUGGCGGGAGGUCAGAGUUUUUCAAAAAUCGACCUCAACAGAGCAUAUCAGCAGGUUGUCAUGAGUGAGGAGUCCCGACGAUUACUGACCAUCACGACACACAAAGGCCUAUACCUCAUGAAUCGCCUACCUUUUGGAAUAGCGUCGGCCCCGGCAAUUUUCCAGAGGGUAAUGGAUAACAUGCUGAAAGGAAUCCCAGGGGUGGCAUGUUAUUUGGAUGACGUGCUAAUUACCGGAAAAUCGCAGGAGGAGCAUCUAAGAAGUCUGGAGGAGGUGUUCAAGCGUUUUGCGGAACGAGGCGUUCGCAUCAAGCGAGAAAAGUGUGCCUUCUUCCAGGAUCAGUUGCAGUACCUGGGACAUGUGAUAAGUCCUGAAGGAAUAAGGACGUCGGAGGAGAAGGUGGCUGCUAUCGUAAAGGCACCAGCACCAGCAGACGUGUCGCAGCUGAGAUCGCUUCUGGGAGCCGUGAACUACUACGGCAAGUUUGUUCCUCAACUGGCAACCAUAGUGGCUCCACUCUACAAGCUACUGCAUCAAGAUGUGAAGUGGCACUGGGACCGUACAUGUCAAGAGGCCUUCCAACGAGUCAAAAAGUUGCUGAUGUCCUCAGAAGUGCUUGUACACUACGACCCAACAGCACCCUUACAACUGGCGUGUGACGCAUCAUCUUACGGUGUCGGAGCUGUGUUGUCUCACAUAUUGGAAGAUGGAACUGCGCGGCCAGUCGCAUACGCGUCACGGACACUGACGUCUGCAGAAAAAGGGUACAGCCAGUUGGAAAAGGAAGCGCUGGCAUUGCUGUUUGGAGUGAAGAAGUUUCACUUUUACCUUUAUGGACGCACGUUUAAGCUUGUGACGGACCAUAAGCCCUUGCAGACUAUUUUUGGACCAAAGACUGGGAUCCCGGCAAUGGCAGCUGCACGUCUGCAAAGGUGGGCAGUGACCCUGUCUGCCUACAGGUAUUCUUUGGUGUUCAAGCGGUCGACUGAGAAUGCUGAAGCGGACUGUUUCUCCAGACUUCCAGUGGAAGGGCGGCAAGAGAGUGACGAAAAAGUGGAGUCUUUUUGUUCCUUAAGAUUACUGUCCUUGCCGGUGGACAGUCGGGACAUCGCAAGAGAAACCGCACGAGACCCGUUGCUGAGGCGGGUGUACGACUACGUCUUGAAGGGGUGGCCUCCUUACGUGGGAGACCAAGCGCUGAAACCUUGGUUUCAACGUAACACGGAGCUGUCGGCACAACAGGGCUGCCUUAUGUUAGGACUGCGAGUGGUAGUGCCGGAAAAGCUACGGAGCGUGCUGCUGGACGAAAUCCAUGAAGGGCAUCCAGGAGUAGUGCGAGCCAAGGAGCUAGCUAGGAGUUAUUUUUGGUGGCCCUCAGUGGACCAGGAUGUGGAAAACCAUGUGAAGGCGUGUGAGCAGUGUCAGCAACAGCGUAAUCUGCCUACGCAAGCGCCUUUGCAUCCUUGGUCGUGGCCCACCAAACCAUGGCAGCGGGUACAUGUAGACUACGCUGGACCAUUUCGAGGAGCUAUGUUUUUGGUAAUUGUGGAUGCCCACUCAAAAUGGCCAGAGGUGUUUAUUAUGCAAGCGACAACCUCGGCAAAGACUAUUGAAAAGCUACAGGAGGUGUUUGCGCGUUUUGGAAUGCCCGAGACGUUGGUUUCUGACAACGGUACACAGUUUACGUCAAACGAGUUCAAGGACUUUCUAAAACGGAUCGGAACACGUCAUGUGUUAACAGCACCGUAUCACCCCAGUAGCAACGGCCUGGCGGAGAGAUUUGUGCAAACCUUAAAAUCGGCGCUGCGCAAGGGAGUUGCCUCGGAGCCACUGCAGCAGACCUUAGGAAAGUUUCUGCAAACCUACCGAAACAUUCCACAUGCAACAACGGGGGAGGCGCCAGCAGUUUUGUUUUUGGGAAGACGCCUUCGCACUAGACUGGAUGUUCUCAAGCCAUCUGUAGAAAACAGAGUGGCCAGGCAUCAGUUCCGCCAGAUGUUGCAAAGAAGCUGCCGUACCCGAGAGUUUAAAAUAAAGGACCGGGUACGUGUGUGGAACCCCCAUCGGGGAGACAAGUGGCUAAAGGCAACUAUACUGUCAAGGAGCGGUCCUGUCUCGUACAAGCUGCGUGUGUACCGGGACCAUGACACAGUCAUCUGGCGACGCCAUCAGGAUCACAUUCGGCAGGAGGGGGACCAGGAAGUUGGAACGCCGGCGUCGCGGGAGGAAGAUGGAGCUAGCUUCAUACCGCAAGCUUUAAGUACAGCAAGCCAAGCGCAGCCUCCCCCUGCCAGCCCACCUACAAGUGCCUCAACGGACCUGGGGUCGACCAGUAUUUCAAGGCCUCGAACGCCGACUCAGCGCUAUCCAACAAGAGUGCGCUGCCCUCCUGAUCGUUAUUCACCGGGGGACUGA